UUGCUGAUUGCUCAGAUGCAAAAGAAUGCCGACACGGUGGAGAAAGACAUCCUCCGGUCUGAGGAGCUGCUGGCUAUUGAUGCUGAAAAUGACAAGAAAGAGCUGCCCUUUGAGCACCAGACUGAGAUCUCGGACAAGCUGGGCGAGGCGGAGGGCCUUCUGAAGGACCUCUUCCUGGACGUCGACAAAGCCAAGAAGUCCAAACACCAUCAGGCUCGAGAGAUAGAGAGCGAUGUCAUCCACCUCCACGAGCGCUGGUUGAAGGACUGCGCCUUCUACCGAGACAUCUUCGAGCAGGUUGACGACGUGUCCCUGAUGCCCAGAAUCAACUGGGGGCCUGUUUUCAACGGAAAGCAGAAAUCGGUGAACUCGGAGGAGUACGGCCCCACCAUGGCCGACCUGGAGAAGCAGGUUGCUGCUCACAACAUCCUGCACAAAGAGGUUGAAUCCUACAACUCACAGCUCUGCGUCGCCUCUGCAGGGAGCAAGGAGAAAUAUGUCGAACUGAAGAAGCAGUACAACAAUCUACUGGACAACUCCAAGUGGCGUCGCCACUACCUGAACAGCCUGUACGAAUACAUGCAUGGCUGCAACAAGGAACUGGUCUUCCUGGGAGCCGAACAAGACAAGAUCAAAAAGCAGGACUGGAGUGACCGCAUGGUGGACCCACCUGAUGUCCGCAGGCAGUAUGAGAACUUCAAGAACAACAGCCUGCUGUCCCAUGAGAGCGAGGUGAACAAACUCCAGGACGAAGGAGAAAGACUGAUUGGACUGAAGCACCCGGCCUCUGACACAAUACAGGCGCAGAGAGAUGCUGUUCGAAACGAGUGGCAGAAAUUCCUCAAUCUCUGCAUUUGUCAGGAGACGCACCUGGACAAUGUCGAGGAAUACAAAAAGUAUCAAAUGGUGACGGAGCAGCUGUCAGAGACACUGUCCAAACUCAACAACAGCCUGGACCCAAAGUCUGUCAGCAAGAAGAGCAAUUCAGAGACGCUGCUGCAGCUUGAGGCCGAGGAGAAGGCCGUUCAGAACAGCGAGCAGCUGCUGGCAGACCUGAGGAGGCGCAGCACCACCAUUGCUCCUCUGAAGCUGCGACGCAAUGCCCCCAACAGACCCAUCACUGUGGAGUCCCUGUGUGACUGGGAGACAGACAAGGCAAGCCUGGAAAGAGGCGAGAAGUUCACCCUGAAAUCUAACUCAGACGACAACUGGGACAUUACCUCCACUGAUGGAGCAACAAAAUCCUUCCCGGGAGUUUGCUUCCUUAUCCCUCCACCUGAUCCAGAGGCCAUCGACAAAGUGGACCUGUUGGGUGGUGAACUGGCUGACAUCAAGAAGAGAAGAGCGGCUCUGGCAGCAUCCCUGAAAAAUCACAAAUCGGACAUCUCCAGGUCCCUACAAUCAGCCCCAGUGUCUUCAGCCCCACUGGAUCCCAAAGUGACAGCUCUGUCUCAGCAGUUGGACGAGCUGGACGGUGACCUGAACAGAGCUGAGGAGAGCCUCCUCAGCCGCCUGCGAACCCCGCUGAACCGCAGCGACACGGCCGGAGACCUGGCCAAGAGGCUGAGGGAACAGGAGGAAGCUGCCAGGGCUCUGAAGGAUCUGGAGCGGCAGAAGGCGGCAGCUCAGGCUGACCUGCAGCCUCUGUUGUCCAAAGAUGGCAGCAACAAUGCACUGCCACUCAAACUGAGCGCUGCCAACAACAAGCAAGACAGCAUCGCAGCACUUACUGACCUCUACACCAAAAAAGUGAAUGCAUCUCUCAACCUGGAGAGACAGAUUAAGAAGGUGGACGGACUCGUCUCUGGAUUUGAGAAAAAGCUGAGUGACGAUACUGCAAUCCCUGACGUGCCGAAUGCAAUCCAAGCCCGCACUGACGACAUUCAGUACCAGCGAAAGGCUGUGGCAGCAGCUCAGGACGACAUGAAGACGCUGAGUCAGGAUCUAGAGACUACGGAGCAGCUGUGCAGCUCUCUGCAGCAGGGCUACCAGGAGUACUGCCCUGACAUCGGGCGCCAGAGGACAGAGGUCAAGCAGCUGCAGACCCGCUACAACAACGUGGACAACCAGCUGAAGGAGAGAGAAAAACUUUUACAAGAAGCUGGAACAAAGAACAUGGAGUUCCAGAGUACAUCCAGAUCCCUGAAGUCCUUCCUGGACAACCUGCCGCGAAAUGAUAUUAGCUACAAUGACGGUCUGUCUCAGGUCACUUCCAGGCAGAGCUCCCAAGAGAGGGUGAUGGAUGACCUGAAGAGAAAGGGAGAUGACGUGGACAGAGUGUCUGACCUGUCUCAGGACCUGCAGAAUCUGCUCAAUGACUACGAGACCAACGUUGACAAAUACAACAGCACACUUGAGGAUGCUGGAGCCAAUGUUGCAAAUAAACCUCGUAUGGUCACACUUGCUGAAGCUGUUCAGAGAGAGGAAAAGGAUCUGAUCAACCGCUAUACUGAAGCAACAGCUGAAAGCACCCAGCGCCAAAAACAGAUGAGCUUAGCCCAGAACUUCAUGGUACAGAAUGAAGAGAAAGUCCAAAUGGUGGCACAGCAACAAGUGCAGCUUGAAAGCCAGCAAAAGAGUGCUUUUGAGCUAAGCAGUCUAUUAAAAGAGCUGGAUGAAGAGAAGGAAAGGACAAAUCAUACUGAGACGGACCUGAGAACAUUCAAAGAGAGGAUGUUUUCGCUGAAGAGUCGCAGAGGAGUGGAGCGCGUUCAGGAGACAGAAGUUCUGCAGUACUACCGCGACCCGAAACUGGAAAGUGAUUUGACUGAACUGCAGAAAAUCCUUCGUGAAGAGUCCCUGAGGCGUAGCACCAUCCACUCUGAGGUUGAGGUGUUUAACACGAAAAUCACCGUUGUGGAGGAAACCCUCAAAAACACUCCACCCAAACUGGCGACCAGAGAGGUGACGGAGUUUGAGAGAGAUCCUCAGCUGGACGUAGAGGCCGCUAAGAUAAGAGACGAGAUAUCCAGGAUGAGAGACGACAUUCGGGUUAAAGAUGGAGAGCAUAUUCAGAUGAGGACAGAAGUCACGAUCCUCCAGCAGAAGCCACAACGCAUCAAAGAGAGGGUGGUUAAGAAGGAAGUGCUAAAGGUGGAACAAGACCCGCAGAUGUUGAAAGCAGUGCGAACAUUCGAGACGGAAAUCGGUGAUGAGGACAGCAAGGUCAAGCUGAUCAAUGAUGAAAUUUUCCAGACAAGGAGCCAGAUUAAUUCACUUGAGGUACUGAUUCCUAACAUUAAGCCAAAGGUCAUCACUAAAGAAGUGAAGAAGAUUGAACAAGACCCUGACCUUAUCACUGAGUCAAAGAGGAUUCGAACAACCAUUGAAGAUGAGAGGGUUGAAAACGACACUCUGUCCCAAGAGCUGAUGACGCUCCACAGUCGCUACCGAGAAGUUUCAGACUGGAGGCCAAAAGUUGAGGUGAAGGAAAUCGUAAAUGAGAUCUACCGGAUAGACCCGAACACAGAGGUGGAGAUAGUGCGGCUCAGGAAAGAAAUACAAGACCUCAGCAGGCAGCGCUCUGAUCUGGAGAGGGAGCUUACCCAGGUCAAGUCCGAUGUGAAUGUCCUUCGUUCUGAGAAGCCCAAGGUGGAGGUAAAGGAAGUUCUCCAAGAGGUGGUUAAGGAGGAAAGAAGCCCUGAAAAUGAGAGAGAGAUUCAGAGGCUAAAUGAUCAGGUGAACCACUUGCGCACCUCUUACACCUCCCUCGAGGACCAGGUGAGAGUGCUCAGGAGAGACAGAGAUGAAUGGAAGGCUGAAAAAUCCAAGAUAGAGACCAAAGUCCUCACCAGAGAAGUCAUCAAGUAUGAACCUGAUCCUCUGCUGGAGAAAGAGGCUGAGCGCCUGAGAAGAGAUUUGCGGGAACAGGCUCAGCUGCGGCGCACCACUGAAGAGAUGGUGUUUGAUCUGCAAAACAAAUACAUCCUGCUGGAGAGACAGAAGCCUGAGGAGAAGGUGGUUGUGAAGGAGGUUGUGCGUUUACAGAAGGACCCAAGGCAGCUGCAAGAACAUGAGAGGCUCGGCAGGAGCCUGGAUGAGGAAGUAACGACCCGACGUCAAGUAGACCUCGAGUUGCAGCAGCUGAGAACAAAGGUGCAAGAACUAGAGAGGAUCCUCAGACAGAGCGAUGAGCGCCAAAAGAGGAUUCAAGCUGAGUCUGAACUCAGAGAGAUCCGUCUGCGCAUCACACAGCUGGAAAAUGCCCCGCCUCCUGUUGAGGAAAGUAUUAUUGUGGAGGAGGUGCUGAAGGUGGAAAGAGACCCCAAACUGGAUAGGAUGACAAACGGCCUUCGGUCAGACAUGGACAAGGAAACCAGCAAUAUUCUGCGUAUACAGAGAGACAUCCGCAACAUCACCAUGAAGCUUGAGAUCCUGCAGAGGGAGAAGUCUGGUGAGAAGACAGUGUACAAAGAGAUUGUUCGUGUUGAGAAAGACCAGGCUGUGCAAGCUGAGAGGGAUCGGCUGAGGGAACAAGUGUCUGAGCAGAAAUUUUCCAGACAGGACGUGGAGGAUGAAAUCAGACGCCUCAGUGACAAAAUCAACCUUCUGAUGAGCGGCAAAUCCAGCUCUUCAAGAGAGGAAACCACCCUCAAUAUGAACAAAGAGGCUUUACAGAGAGAGAGGGACAACCUCACUCGGGAGCUCAGGACACUGGAGGCCUCAAGACAUGACGUCAGCCUUUCCUUCCAGCAGCAGAGUAGGCUGAUGAGUGAAAGAACACAGCAGAGCAAGCAGAGGAGCCUGAGGAUGGGCACUGACACGCAGCGUCUGGAGAGGGAGAUCCUGGACGAGAAAGACAAGAUCCAUGAGCGAGACAGGACCAUCCGGGAGCUCCUGCUGAACUUGCAGAAAGAGGAGCAUACAGAGACGAGGACCAAAGAGACCAAUGUCUCCACCAAAAUCACCAUUCUGGAUCCAGAGACGGGGAAAGACAUGUCGCCCUAUGACGCCUACCUGCAGGGCCUGAUUGAUCGCCAACAGUACAUCCAUCUGCAGGAGCUGGAGUGUGACUGGGAGGAGAUAACGUCCCUCGGACCUGAUGGGGAAACAUCUGUACUGCAGGAUCGCAAGAGUGGAAAGCAGUUCUCCAUCAAAGAGGCCCUGAAAGAAGGCCGGCUGACAGAGUAUGAUCUACAGCAGUACAAAAACGGCAAACUUCCCAUCUCAGAGUUUGCCCUGCUGGUUGCGGGUGAAAAUAAGAAGCAACCCCAGUUCAACUCAAUCACCCACAAGACCACCACACUGGUGAAUUCGGCCCUCCCAGACGUCAACAAGCCUAAGGAAAUCAACCCAAUUGCUGGAGUAGUGGACACAAACACUGACACCUGCUACACAUUACGCAGCGCUACCCUGCGCAAACUGAUCGACCCCACCACCGCCCAGAAACUUCUGGAGGCUCAGGCAGCAACAGGCGGCAUCAUUGACAUCAGCAACGGUCAGAAAUACACAGUUCACAAGGCGGCAUCCAGAGGCCUCGUUGAGGACAGUCAACACCAGAGGCUACUCAACGCACAGAAGGCCUUCAGUGGUGUUGAAGACCCCAUGACCAGAGAGUGCUUGUCUGUAGGAGAAGCUGUGCAGAAAGGCUGGAUGCCGCGAGACACUGCCAUCCGCUACAUGGAGGCCCAGCACCUGACGGGAGGGCUGGUCAAUCCCAGCACCGGACGCAGAGUGGACAUCUUUGACGCCAUCAAGUCCAAAAUGAUCGACAGCACAAUGUUGAGGGAGCUGCAGGCCGACACGAACUACGUCAAGGAUAUCGUCGACCCGAUCACAAAGGAGAAGAUCAACUACAAACAAGCUCUGGAUCGCUGUAAGGUCGACUCUGGGUCAGGCUUACCCAUGCUGCCUGCCUCCUCCAAAGAGUCUUACAGCUCUUCUAAAUAUGCAAGAUUCUAGAUAUGUUUACAACAUAGUUGGAGUUAUCUGGUCUGUGCAGUGAUGUGGUGAAAAAAUGUACCAUUAGAUUAUGGGAAAUCCAUACGUAAAUUACAAUGUACAUUUUGACUCAGGAAAUGUCUUCUACUGCAACGCUUUCUGUCUAGCCAAAAUUAUUGCUGCUGUGUUGCCUUUGUUUACCAACAUGUCUGAUGUGGGCAGAUGUUUUUGAUUUAAUUUAACAAACAGAGAAUAUAAAUGCAGUUUAUCUUUGAUAUUAUUGUGUUACAAGGGAUACUGGGGCAUGGUGCAAUGCUAUUUACAGGUUGAUUUGACUCUGUAUUACUCAUGGGCUAUCCUUGAUACCAUUGACUUUAAACUCAAUCUUGUUUGAUACUUUAUGAAGAAACAAA